UUAAAAAGAUUGAAAGAACCUUCUGGAAGUUUUUAUUUGUGUUUUGGGUCAGGUGUUCAAGUUUAGAUCUUCAGGUUUUGUCCUUCCUUGUGGCCUACAAAUGUUUUUCCCAUUUUGGCACAACUGUGAAGGUUCUUGUAAGUGUCAUAGAUACAGUAAUGUUGUGGUCUGCAUUACUCAAACAUUUAGUGAGUAUUUCCUAAAGUAUAGUGCUCAGGGUUGCCUAGUAGCACUAUGGAUGCUGACAAUUGAGUGUCUGAGCCCUUCACAGUAGCAUCAAAGAGAGAAAAGAGAGGUUGGGAGCAUGCACUGACUAUAGCACGUUGCCGCACCCACCACAUGAUGAACCACCCGGAAUGGGACGUGAGAGUCGCCAUGAAACGGUGACACCGCAGCUCCACCCGGGAUCAAUGUGAGGUUUUUAUAGUGGCUGUCGUACCAAUUCUGCCACCAGGAGCAUCAAAGGCAGACGGUAAAAAUAAAACGCAUUUUGAAAAGCUGGCAUCACUUUGUGUGAUUACACACAGCAGAUUCUUUUCUACUUGGCUGUUCAAUUGAGUUCUGCAAAGGAGCCGCGUCAUACAACUUUAAGAAGUUGUAUAGAAACAGAGUGCUUUGACUUUGUGCUUUGAGCAAGCAGGAUUAGAGAUAAGAGACAGUGUUUAAACACUAGAGACUGAUUGGUAGGGCUGUUCCUCUGCCUGUCUUUCCUUUUUCUGUUAAUGUCAAGGUGGCUGAUGCAACCCAACUACAGGCAGUAGCCUUAGGCCGACUGCAUCCUAGUAUCUCUGGCUGUGAGUUUUUUUUUCCUGUUACACUUUCCCUCUCUUUGUCACACACACACUCAUAAUGUUUCCAAAUUAGCUUUUUUUAUUCAGGGACAUUCCACACUUAUCAGCAGUGCAGUGGUAACAAAUGAGAAUCCCAAGAGGGCUUAAUUAAUUAAGUCAUCCUUUAAUUAAUUCAUUAUGGUGCAAAAGAAUGGAGGGUUUUAGUGAGGGUGGUUUGCAGAGUGAUGUUUUCUGUUCCCUUGUGUCCCUAGAGGUGCCUCCUAUUGUCUGAAUUAACAGCUUGCUCAAUGACUCUUAAACAUUUCCUGCAUUUGAAAUUGGGAGGUGUUCAACAAUCUUUUCUGAAACUGGGGCUUAAGUUACUUGGCAGAUGCAGGUUUCUUUUUGUACCCUAUAGGUUCAUAGUUAAUAUAUAUAAAUCAUAGUUAUUGCUACUGCUUUGUAGCUCCAAGAAUAUAAAGUCUUUUAUAUGUCAGUGUCAGUGUGGGGUCUUAUCAUUUUUCAAGUAUCCAGGUUUCUUGGGAUCCUAUAGUUGCCUCCCAUAUCCCAUGGACAUGCAUGUUAGGUUAUAUAUAUUGUCCUGGUAUAAGGUUUAAUGACCAACUUUGAGUGUAAGCCCACAUUAGAUGGAUAUAUACAAAUGUAGUCAUAGAGUUAUAAGGUACCAAAGUCAUUGUGGCAUGGCACAAUUGAAGGGCUUUAAAAUAACUAUACAUAGAGCAGAAGGAAUCCAUACUAAAGAUCUGAGAGCCUCUCAAACUGCCAGGUUGAAAGAAGGUGCCACCAGAUGACAGUACACCUCUUUAUUGUAAAUGGUGCUCCUAGGAUAGUUGCUCUCAGGACUCUAUCAUCUGACACAGAGAGAUAAUGGGUCCCUGGCACGAGGCUAAUGUUAUUUAAAUAGGUAGACAGAAGAUAACUGAUGAGACACAUCUUGAGAUGUUAUGAGAUAUGCAAGUGAACAUAUCUGAGAGAUAUCACCGAGAGAGCAUAUACCAUGUUUUUCCCUUUUGCCCUUUGUUUCAUCUCACUUUCCAAAUGAGUAUCUUUAUUUCUCAUGUCUAAAUCCAGAACACUGGAUGAAACUGUGAGGUUUUUGAUUCUUAUUUGUUGAUGUUUAUUUUGUAUAGGUUUUAAGUCUCUGAUUCACACUACUUUCCUGUUUAUUGUUAAUGUGAUUAAUAAAUACUGGGCUUAGUUAUUCAGGUCAUUUUUACUAUCAUUUGAUAGGAUUGAUCACAAGUGUCCUAAUGACCCACAAAAUGUAACAGCACCUGACACCCUCAUGUUCACCAUUGACAGGCUUUGUACAGGGUGAUACUGACUGAGAUAUUUCUAGUUGCUGGAUUGAUGCCACACUGCUUUUCUGCCUACCAUUUGCAGUUAAGCACAUAAUGUCCAUUCAUUUUCUUCCUGUGGCUCACUUUUCUUGGUAUCUCACUUUUAAUCUUCUCAGAGGCAGGAGAAAGGAAGUUGUCUGUUGAGGAAGAGGAAGCCAAACGUAUUGCAGAGAUGGGGAAGCCAGUCCUGGGACAGCAUCCAAAGCUGGAAGUGAUUAUUGAGGAGUCCUAUGAGUUUAAGAGCACAGUGGACAAGCUGAUAAAGAAGACCAACUUGGCCCUGGUAGUGGGCACCCACUCAUGGAGGGACCAGUUCAUGGAAGCAAUUACUGUCAGUGCAGGUGAUGAGGACGAUGAAGAGACAGGCGAGGAGAGGCUGCCUUCUUGUUUCGACUAUGUUAUGCACUUCCUGACAGUCUUCUGGAAAGUCCUUUUUGCUUGUGUGCCUCCCACAGAGUACUGGAAUGGUUGGGCCUGCUUCUCUGUGUCUAUUAUCAUAAUUGGGUUACUCACAGCAGUCAUUGGCGACUUGGCUUCACAUUUUGGUUGCACCAUUGGCCUCAAGGAUUCAGUCACCGCUGUGGUUUUUGUGGCAUUAGGCACCUCCAUUCCAGAUACGUUUGCCAGCAAAGUGGCUGCUGUACAAGACUCAUAUGCUGACGCCUCUAUCGGCAAUGUGACAGGAAGCAACGCAGUCAAUGUUUUCCUGGGCAUUGGCUUGGCCUGGUCGGUGGCAGCUAUCUAUUGGAAGAGUCAGGGAAAGGACUUUGAAGUGCAGGCUGGCUCAUUAGCCUUCUCUGUUACCCUCUUCACCAUUUUCGCCUUCCUCUGCAUCACAGUGCUGCUGUACCGCCGGCGGGCACACAUAGGAGGUGAACUGGGUGGGCCACGAGGCCACAGACUUAUCACUACAGGAUUCUUUGUGUCCCUCUGGCUUCUCUACAUCCUAUUCUCUAGCUUGGAGGCCUAUUGUCAUAUACAAGGAUUUUAAUCCAGCGGGUACCCUUGGGGAAAAGCAUGUGAGGGAGGAAGAGAGAGGCAGGCUUUGAACCUCUCCUUGGACCACCUCACUGAGGUAUCCGUCAACCUGACAGCAGCAACACUUUCAAAGCACCAAUGGAUAGGGGAGCUGGGAUAUUGGAGGAUGCUGACUCUACACACAUAUGUGUUGGGGGUGGAGGAGUGGGUUGGCACAGGGGCAUUUGUGAUUCAUGAUUUAUCUAAGCCCAAAAAUACACAAAGAAACAUCAAAACGGGUUUAAAAAAUAUUAAUAUAAAUGCUAUUGAGGUAAAUAUUGAAGAAAAAAACAUUAACAGAAGUCUUGAAAACAGAGUAAGUCUAUUUUUUCGUCAAAGAAUAAUUGCGUUUUUUUAUGAAAAAUAUAUAAAAAAAAAGAAUGAAAAAAAUUACAUGAAAACUUUGGUGGGUGGAUAUGAUCGUUUGCAUAUCUUUGGAAGCAGCUAGAUGCACACUGUGCAUUAUCGGGACAUACAGCUGAAAUUAUCUGCUUUUUACAUCUGAUUCUAUUUUGAUGUUCUUUUGUUUGCUUUCUUUUUUAAUUAUAAACCAGCAGAAAAGAAUUAUGGAUCUUUGAAGAAAAAAGUUUGGAAUGCAAUGACACAAAUCAUAAGCAACCCUGGA